AUGGAGCCUAUCCGAUCCCGUCCAUAUCGACUCACGUGGGAGGAGGAAAAGUAUUUGCAAGAGGAGCUCACUCGCUUGUUGGAUCUUGGAUUGAUUUCACCUUCGAAUGGACAAUGGACGUCGCCAAUCUUUUUUGUCAAAAAGAAGGAUGGUCAAUUACGAUUGGUGGUGGAUUAUCGCCAGUUGAAUGAACGUACUAUCAAGGACGCUUAUCCCCUUCCACAAAUCGAUAACCUUCUGGAUUCCAUGGGUGGUGCAUGUGUAUUCUCUACUCUGGAUGCGGCGAGUGGAUAUUGGCAAAUCCGAAUGACAAAAGAAGCUUCUGAACGCUCUGGUUUUGUAUGUCCAUUUGGUACUUUCACAUGGAACGUAAUGAGUUUCGGCCUUACUUCCGCCCCAUCGACCUUCCAACGUACCAUGAAUACGAUCCUUCAAAGAUUCAUCGGGCGUUUUGUCUAUUGUUUUAUCGAUGACAUUAUUAUCUAUUCAAGAUCAAUGGAGGAGCAUCAAGAGCACUUACGUUUGGUAUUCGAAGCAUGUGAUGAAGCAAACUUACGAUUGAAAUAUAGCAAGUGCAGCUUUGGACAAAGAUCGGUGGAAUAUCUUGGACAUGUGGUGUCUGAUCAAGGUCUCGCUCCAACUGAUCGUAAUGUUGCAAAGAUUUUGGCGAUGCCACCCCCACGGAAUGUUGAAGAAGUGCGCUCUUUCCUUGGCCUCAGCGGGUAUUAUCGGCGUUUUGUCCCACAAUAUGCACACAUAUUGGCACCCGUAUCAUCACUAUUGAAGAAGGAAAAUAAGUUUGAGUGGAGCCAUAUUCAACAAGAGGCUUUCGACAAGGUCAAGGCAAUCAUGACUCACCCCACAAUCUUGGCUUUUCCGGAUCGUUCGCAAGUCCAAAUCCUCACUACGGAUGCUUCUGGUAUCGGUGUUGGUGCCAUCUUAUCCCAAUCGCCAGAUGGAACUUCAGAGAAGGAAACGGUGAUCGCAUUUGAAUCAAGAAUCCUGAGAGGUGCAGGACUUCGCUACUCAGCAGUACAUCAGGAAGCAUUAGCGGUUUGUUGGGCUGUCGAGAAGUUUCGGCAUUACCUUGCUGGGAGAUCUUUCAUCCUUCGUACUGACAGCUCUGCCGUGUCCUUCGUCUUGAACAGCUCAAAGCCAUCGAAACUUCAAAGAUGGGCCGCUAUGCUCAUGGGCUAUGACUUUCAAGUUAAACAUCAUCCUGGAAAACAAAACCCAGCCGAUGCACUAUCAAGACUCCUACCUGGUGUUCCCAUAAACUUCCUCAUGGUGGCAAAUAUGGAUGACAAAUGUACUUUUGAACAAGGACCCGAUUGGUUUGGACCAGAAGAAGACCAUGAAUAUGACGACAAGGACCUCGUGUACUUGUGA